AUGGUCACGGCAAACCAUACCCAUCUCCUAGCCACCUACAUCACGGCGUUACACAUCCUUCAGUUCCACGGCAUUCUCGAUGGCUACGGCCAUAUGUCACUCCGGAACCCCGAGAACCACUCAACCUUCUUCAUGUUCCACACCGUCUCCCCAGCCCUGGUGUCUUCACUUGCCGAUAUUGCCCUGUAUCAUGUCUCAGACGCUGAGCCGACUACGCCAGACGGACCCAGAGGGUUUAUCGAGCGUUUCAUCCACAGCGAGAUCCUCAAGCGCUAUCCCGGUAUAAACGUAGUGCUACACGGCCAUGCCGAUAUCUUGGUCUCUUAUAGCAUCAGCAGUGUACCGUUGCGAGCGGCAAUCCAUAUGGCUGGGUACCUUGGCGGAGCAACCCCGAUCUUCGACAUUACCCGUUACUACCUCCCCAACGAAACGCAAGACUUGCUGGUCCGAACCCCCCGGCUCGGCGCGGCCCUCGCCGACGAGUUCUCUCCCAACAACAAUGGCGAGUGCGAGGACCAUGAUCUGCCCGACCACGACCUCGUGCUGAUGCAAAGCCAUGGCUUUACCAGCUGUGGCGUUGAGCUCGAAAAGGUUGUGUACCAGGCUGUUUACGCAAAGACCAACGCCCUGGUCCAGGCCGAGGCCCUCCAACGUCGGCAUGAUGCCUACAACGGACCGGCGGUGGCGUUGGAGGGUGAAGGAGAUGGUGGUAAGGACAAAGAUGGAAUUGUGUACCUCACUCCGAGACAGGCACAGGAUACGUGGGCAACCAUGAGGCGUGACGUCUCACGGCCGUGGGGGUUGUGGAAGAGGCAGGUGCAGGUAGAUCCGUUGUAUGUGAAUGAAUUGGAGUCUUGA